AUGCCAAAACCAAGUCAAGGCUAUGGAGGAAAGUUUGGCGUGGAGACUGACAGAAUUGAUAAGUGUGCCGCGUGUUUUGAUUACAAAGGAAAAGUAGAGCCGCAUCCAUCGCAGAAGGAUUAUUCACUUGGUUUUGGAGGUACAUUUGGUGUUGAAGCAGACCCAGUUGAUAAAUUUGCUCUUGGUUGGGACAGUCGCGAGCAGUUGCAGCAACAUGAAAGUCAGAAAGGUUUUUUUGAUUUUCAUUUUUCGGUAAUUUUCAAUUUCGUUCCCCCCUCCUUUUUACUUACUCAAAUUAUGAAAAAAUGGUCAGACUUUUCUUUUUUCCUCAAUUACACUCUUCUUCCCCAUGGCAUACAAUCAGUCAAAAAGGAUUAAAUUUUACUUGCCUAAGCGAUAAGCCCACAAAAA